UUAAACAUGGAGAAAGCAAGCACUAAAUCUGCUUUGAAGUUUGUGAAGAACACUUCACAGUCUGCAGCUCAAUGGAGCAGUACUAAUUCUAGAGUAAUGACAAAAGAUAUACUCAAAGACAGCAAGUUCUUCGACAAGACAAAAGUGAGUAACAUGGCUUCAAGAAGGUCUCCACCCAAAGAAAAUACCAAACCACAAGAAUUCAAACUGCACACCCAAGAAAGAGCUGUCAAACGUGCAAUGUUCAACUAUGCUGUGACAACAAAAUUCUAUAUCAUGGAGCUGCAAAAGAAACAAGAGGAGAAGCUGCAAAAGAUGAUUGAAGAGGAAGAAAUUCGUUUGCUAAGGAAGGAAAUGGUUCCAAGAGCUCAAUUGAUGCCUUAUUUUGAUAAGCCAUUCUGCCCACAAAGAUCAAGCAGGACAGUUCCAAGAGAAUCAUGCCUCCACAUGAUGAGUAGCAAGUGCUGGAGUUGCACUGUUGGAAGUGAAAUCUACAUUAAGUAGAAGCUUUCGCACGGUUGUGGGAAGGAGCAUGGAAAAUGUACUAUUCUUGUAUUUCAUGCAUGUUGUACACUAGCCAUAGAGAAAAACUUAGAGUUUUGUACCAUACCAUGCGACAACUAGCUC